AGAAAAAAAGGAGUACAACAAGGAAUACAGGAUCAGGGGCUUAAAAAGGUACAAUAACUCAAUAAGACUUACAUGAUCGAAACGACGUCAUAUUUGCACACGUUAUCUUCUUCUUCUUCUUCUAGUUCUGGGAAAACUACAAGCUCGUAGCAGAAAUGGCUACUACUGCCUCUGCUUCAUUCACUCGCUUCUCUAUUAUCCCAAAACCACCUUCCCAACCGCAUUUCAUCCUAUACAACUUCCCUAAUCGAACCGGCACAUCCCGGUUCACCUGUUCAGCCGGUCAGGCCGGGUUAUUCUCUAAACUAGGCCGGUUACUAAAGGAGAAAGCGAAGAGCGAUGUAGAGAAGUUAUUCUCGGGUUUCUCAAAGACUCGUAACAACCUCUCCGUCAUCGAUGAGCUUCUCCUCUAUUGGAACCUCUCUGACACUGAUAGAGUCCUCGAUGAACUCGAAGAGGCUCUUUUAGUGUCUGAUUUUGGACCGAAAAUCACUAUGAAGAUAGUGGAGAAUUUGCGCGAGGAUAUACUUUCAGGGAAGCUUAAAUCAGGGAAUGAGAUAAAGGAAGCACUGAAGAAGAAUGUUUUGGAUCUGUUAACCAAAAAGGGGAGUAAAACUGAACUUCAACUUGGAUUCAGGAAACCAGCUGUAAUAAUGAUAGUUGGUGUUAAUGGUGGUGGGAAGACAACAUCUUUGGGAAAGCUGGCUUAUAGAUUGAAGAAUGGAGGUGCUAAGAUAUUGUUUGCAGCUGGUGAUACAUUCAGAGCAGCUGCUAGUGAUCAGCUGGAAAUAUGGGCUGAAAGGACUGGGUGUGAGAUUGUUGUGGCUGAGUCCCAGAAAGCCAAAGCAUCAUCAGUGCUUUCACAAGCUGUAAAAAGAGGAAAGGAGCUAGGUUUUGAUGUUGUGUUAUGUGAUACAUCUGGGCGUUUGCAUACUAAUUACAGCCUAAUGGAAGAGUUGAUUUCAUGUAAAAAGGCUGUUGCUAAAGUAGUUGCCGGUGCACCCAAUGAGAUCCUACUCGUUCUGGAUGGGACUACUGGUUUGAACAUGUUGCCACAAGCAAGAGAAUUCAAUGAAGUUGUGGGUGUUACUGGUUUAAUUUUGACCAAACUGGAUGGUUCUGCAAGAGGUGGCUGUGUGGUCAGUGUGGUUGAUGAGCUUGGAAUCCCUGUAAAAUUUGUGGGUGUUGGUGAAGGGGUUGAAGAUCUUCAACCCUUUGACGCGGAGGCCUUUGUCAAUGCCAUUUUCAUGUAAACCAGUUACAGGCUUUGAUGUAUAUGCUACAGUUCAGAAUAUAUAUUCGCAGAAGAGGUUGACACGAAUAUGAAGAGCAACACUUGAUCACAGGAAAGAUAACUUUUAAUAAUUGAAAUCAUUCUUCAGAGGCAAAGCUUUGCAAAAGGUAAAAUGAUUUUGGGGUGCGGAGCUAUUCUUGCUUUGGAGGCAGCUGAGAGUAUAUAUUCCUUUCACAUUGGUUGGCAGUUUCUGACAUUGUGACAGAGUGAUGGGGUUUAUUUUCCACUCUUGGCAUUGAACUCAGGGAUUUUGUUGCGGUGCUUGUAAAUGAUAGUACAGAAAACAUGAAGAUUGAACAUAAUGUCCAUCGUUUGUCAAUAUCUGAUUAUUAUUAUUAUUAUUAUUAUUAAUAAUAUGAUUUUCUUUUACCUUUCUUCAA